UGUAGAACUUGAUUUCAAUUAUCAAAAGCCCAAUUUGGCAGGGUCAGAUAUAAAUGGGCCAAGAUGAAGAACUUAAUGAGCCACGUUGUAACCUCCCUCUCUAUCCUAUCGCAACUUCGCUCUGUGCGCUCGCUCCUCCAUGGCAGCAGCCAUGGCCGCCUCUCUUCCCCUCUCGGCCUACGCUUCUCCUUCACCCACCAAUUCGCGAAGGAGCCUCUCCUCCUCCUUCCUCCCUCCCCUUUUCGCCAUUUCCCCCUCUUCUUCCUCGUUUUCGCCGUCCUUACGCUCUCGGCGGCCGCCCCUCCCCGUGAGGGCGAUGGCUCCGCCCAAGCCUUCGGGGAAAGCCAAGAAAGUGGUGGGCAUCAUAAAGCUAGCCCUGGAGGCGGCCAAGGCGACUCCCGCGCCGCCAGUGGGGCCUGCGCUCGGUUCCAAGGGCGUCAACAUCAUGGCUUUCUGUAAGGAGUAUAAUGCCAAGACCGCCGACAAGGCUGGCUACGUCAUCCCCGUCGAAAUCACCGUCUUCGAUGACAAAAGCUUUACCUUUAUUUUGAAGACUCCACCGGCUUCAGUUCUGCUCCUCAAAGCUGCAGGAAUCGAAAAGGGUUCCAAAGAUCCACAGCAGGAGAAGGUGGGAAAGGUAACCAUUGAGCAGCUGCGUGCAAUUGCAACAGAGAAGUUACCAGACUUGAAUUGCACCAGCAUUGAGUCGGCUAUGAGAAUCAUCGCAGGGACUGCUGCUAAUAUGGGCAUCGAAGUUGAUCCACCAGUUCUGGAACCUAAAAAGAAGGCAGCAAUCUAACUCAUGUAUUUUGUGUUAUUCCUUUUUCUUCUUCUUUGAUGGUAGAUCCACCUGAGCAGGUCACUACAGUUUUGUACUAGACUUCCUAUUGAUUCUGAGGACUUGACUUUAUUUUGCUCAUGAAAUUACUGGUUCAAGCAUA